GGUAAUUGCGUCUGACUAUCCGGUAUUUAUAGAAUCCUUUCAAAUAAGCCUUUAGGAUUUUACAAUGUCAUACGGAGUACGAAGUGAAUAAAGAGCUUUAAAAGGUCGUAAGAAUCCUUACAAUUUCCGCCUCACAAAGAUUUUUUCUCUUAUCAAUAUUCACUUCCCAAGCAAACUGAAAAUAUCAUCUGCUUUUUUUUCUUUCAAUUAAGAUUAAUCAAAUUACGGCACUAGCGGCUCAGCUACUGCGCCUUAUUCAGUUAUCUCGUUGCUUUUCCAAUCCUUCUGCAUUUAAGGUCAACGAUUUUUCAAUUUUUACAAACUCAAACCACCAACCUUACAAACACACAACUUCCAAACACUACAACCAUAAAACCUUCAAACAACUUCAACUACCAACCGCCAAGAUGAGUUGCACCGAUCCUUCCGACACCCUCUUCCCCGUUCUCUUGCUCGCCGGCAGCGAUGAAUAUGUCAAUGCUUGCACUGCAGGUAACAUCACCUCCAACUCUGCCGCCGUCAGCGCCAUGACAAAAUGUUGCGGUAGUGCCCCCGUCAAUGUUAUCAUGGAUGGCUGUUACAGUUACUGCAAUGUUACUAGCAGCGCUGAUCAAAAGACUUUCGAGCAAUGCUUUGGUUCCAGUGCUGGUAUUACACCAGAUGUUGAUUACGGCUGCACCUUGGAUGACAAUUCAGGAUUUGAAAUUCCAGGAAGUGGUACCAUCUACCCAACUUCCACUGAAUCAUCAUCAGCUGCAGUUGCUACUCUUGUCCCUAUCACCGUCACUACAUCCUCUGGUGUUACUACCACUACCGCAACCCACGCCACAGCAACAGCCGCCGCUAACUCAACCUCUGCUUCUGCCUCUGGCACUGAAAAGCCUUCGACAACCAGCAAGACUUCAGCUUCAGCUUCCUCUUCCGCUGCUACAGCUUCCACCACUGCCAACGCUGGUCCAACCGUCAAGCAAUUCUCCAAGGGCGCUAUCGCCGUUAUUGCACUUGCUUUCGUCCGUCUUUUGGUUUAAAUGUGAAGGCAUAUGAAGGAGAUUGCAGACCAAAAAGAAUAAUUGAUUCUCGUGGUGGGAUAGAAUAAUAUGUGGUGGAUCUGGGGAUAAAUUGACUACGUGAAUUAUUGAAUUUGAAGGACUGCAUUUUCGGAAUACAAUUGGCGCAUUACAGGAGCAUAAUGGUGGUGCAUAGCGUGUUUAACUUUGGGUUUCAUGACUAUACAUUCUAGAAUCGAAUUACUUUUUUCGAUUCCAUAUCGAUGUUUCCAACUUUGCUUCCAAGUGAUAACUGCAACCUGUGAAUACUGGAAGCUUCGCCGCA